ACGGGAUCAUCAAGUUUCAGUUCUCUUUCUGUUCAAUUCUCCACAUUGAAAAAGCACAUCAUGGAGCUGCUCCACCACAUUCAACGCAUGGCGCGGUACAACCAGUGGGCAAACGCAGUCAUUCUGGAUGCUGCAGCGACGCUCAGCGAGACCGAUCUCAAGAGCCACGCCAGCCAGCCAUUCCGCAGCAUCCAUGGAACAAUCACACACAUUCUACUUGCUCAGAAACUAUGGCUAUCGCGCGCCAACCCGGAAUACAAGUGCGACGAUAUUGGUCAUUUCUGGGCGAAUGGACAGUACGCCAAACCCGAAGACGAGAGCAGCCAGUGGGAAAAGUAUGAGACCGACCCGGCCAAACUUGGAGCCAUGCUGCGCGCCUCCGAUCAAGCCAUCAUUGACUUUGUCUGCUCGUCCAAACUCCCUGCCAAUCCGACAUCUGCAAUGACAUACAAGACGACCGAUGGCGCAGAAAAGUCGUCGCCAUACGAUGUCAGCUUGCUGCAUCUCUUCAACCACUCCACCCACCACCGCGGCCAAAUCACUGUCGGACUGAUUGGCCGCGGCAUCCCACCCCCUGAAAUGGACAUGAUCUACUGGUACCGCAGUCACGACCAAAGUAAACAGUAGGGAUUACGUGCACAUUAGCGCAGCGCACUAGCACAGAUGAAGAUGAAGGAUUGUUUCAAGAUGAUUUUGUAUUCCAAACAACAAAUUUCUGUUUCACAUC